UACAAUGGCUGCCUACAGGGUAAUUGUGUUCGCAACAUAAAAAUACUUUUUUUUAAAGAUCCCAUCCCACACAAAGAAGGAUUCGAAGGAUCACAUACAAAGCAAGCAAAAAGCAAUGACGCUAUUUCCUCGUUUGGUGCGAUUUUUAUGUUUGAAAUGGACAAACGUUUUUCACUCGAAGCUGAAGCUUGUCUUGAUUCUCUGCAUCCUUUACUUUGUGUUUCGCCAACUCAUUUCAUUGCAAGGGCUUCUCUUCUCAUCCCAUGAAAAUGGUACACAUCUGUUGAACACAACAGGCUGGGACCAGACAGGGGCUACCAAACUGACAGGCUUCUUAAAUGCACUCAAGGCGGAUUCGGAGCACGAAACAGUGCAUGUGGUGCCAGCUGUUGCAGUGGGUGAACGUGUUCCACAUUGCGGGUUAGCCUCCGCCUGUCCCAAAAGGACAUUUUCGGUGCAUGUCUUCACCGGGAAGGACCACCACGAUGAGCCUCGGUUAUGUAUCGAUGGCAAGUACAUUUUAGGUGGCAGCCUCAAUGGGGGAGGACGUGGAAUUAACAUCGCCAUUGUUGAUAACUUGACCCGUUUUGUUCAACGUGUCAGCCAUUUUGAUACUUACGAAGAAGAUUCUUCUCAACUCGAGACGCUACUCUUGAAUCUGCGACCGGGCGACAUUCUCAUCUUACUGACGUUCGAUGAACCCACACGAAAGUCUGUUGCCACCACUGUUGCAGUUCAUACCCACCUUAACCAGAUUGUUGUGUCCAGGUUGUCACAAGUUGCGAGACUUCUGUUGCACGAACUAGGAAGUGCUAUGGCACAGAACUUGCACUACCGUUCCUCCUGGUAUCUCAUCACGCAGAAAGGCAUAUCUGGUUUCACACCUUACGAAGACCUGCAUUUUGUGGAAAGCAAAGGUUGGCCAGUCCCUCACGAUGUGAGACACUGCAUUCCCUUCCAUCUGGGUGGCCAGGCAAUCCACCCGGAUCCUCAGCCGAGACGUAAUGACGAUCGAAGGCAGUUUUGCUCCAAAUACGACCAUUUUCCUUCUUUCUGUUCCGGCGACAAGAUGGAUAACCCCCUAGUUCCCAACCCAGCUGUAAGGUUCUCCAAGAGCAAAGUGCUUUCGCUCCCAGUCAUAGUUCUCAGUGGUGAUGAUGUCAGCCAUUUUCCUUUGACGCUGGAAACGUUAAUAAUGCAGCCGGGUAUCAAUCCACACAAUGUAUUGGUGUUCUUUAAUCCGGAAAAUCCGCAAGUGAAAGAACUCUGUGAGCUGUUUGCAUUUACUCCUCAACAGUUUAACGGAGCAAACGUGGCGAGAUACUGCGGUAAAAUAGUUUUCCUGUUGGAGCAGGUUGUGAAAUAUUUUUCCCUUCCAGACCAGAUGAAUGAAGCCUUUGACACGGGCGAGAGACAAUUCCCUGAUUCUAUGUAUUUUGUCGUCAUCGAAGACGGGGUUCUUCUGGCUCCGGACUUCCUCAUGUACCUUGCUCCACUGGUGACCCUGCUUGAUAAGGAUUCGACGAUAAGCAGUAUCUCCGCGUGGAAUGAUAAUGGGUUUGAAGGUGUUUCAGGCAACAACAGGAGAAUGUACAGAGUGGAGACAUUGAGCGGAUUUGGUUUUGUUGUUCGACGCGGCUUUCCGGUUCAGGACUGGUGCGAACAUCGCCUGGAUCACUCCGCUUCGGAGGGGAGUGGAGGAGACACCAUUUCUCCUGACGUGUCUCGUGUCCUUCGUCUUCCGAUACUGGAUAUUGAGAAUGGCAUAUCAAUGGAUAUUCUCCAAGCAUUGAUGGCCAGGAAGAGAGUCACUGAUAUGGAUGUAGAAGUUGCAUUAGAAGCUGGUGCACUGGAGCGUGCUCAAUAUGAAAGGUACUUAGAAGAGACACUCAAGAACAGCUUGGCCUGGGAAUGGUCCAAGAGCUCGUGUCUCGGUUUGCAGAAUACAACUCCACCGAGCAAUACGCUUCCACUUGCCAUCUAUUUUGAUGAAAGCUCCGAAAAUGAGUACACUGUGCUUCGAGAGCUGUGCUACUGUUUCGGUUUAUUCCAUCAUCCCAAGAAUCCCCCGAGAGGACUGUACCGUGGCAUGCUCAGGUUUUUCUGGAAGAACCACGAUGUCUUGCUGAUUGGAAAGACUUCUCCAUACUACAGGUUCAAGCCAAGAAAUGUUGUACCAUUAUCUUUGAAAUGAGCAGGCAAAGAGAGUUGUUUCCCGAGUGCAAGUGGAAAUAAAUUAUUCUCUGUUGCGGGGGAAAGCUCCCUGGGUUACA